AUGGCAACAUUUAAUACAUCAGGAGGAUCAUUUUAUGAUCAACAACCACCUCAUCAUCAAAUAAUGAAUAACAAGGAGAAUGUACAACAAAUGAUGAAUAACAAUCAAGGAGGAGCCCAUAUGGCAAGACACACUAUAUCAUUUUCAAGUGGUCUUGGUAGUUGCAUGACACCUCAAAAGCCAUCGUCACCAUCAUUGCGAAGAGCAUCGUCCAUGUCUCCAAAAGGAGGCUCUCCCAACCAAAAACCAUUAUCUCCUAUGGCAAUGUCACCACCUCAACAACAUAAACAACAACAGCAACAACAGACACCUAUCAUGAUGCAACAACAACCAUCAUUAUUUUCAACACCAACCAACAAUGGGUCAUUUGCAAUCCCAACCUCUCCAUUCCACCAUACUCCAUAUAUUUCAUUGGGUGGUACUGGAAAAUCAAAUACUACGAUGACUACACCGACAUCGACACCAAAUCCAAUUGUAAUUACACCACAUUUUAAUUCAAUGAUGCCACCUCCAGUACCUCCAUCACCAGUACCAUUAUCAUCACCAUUUCAAACACCAUCAAUGAUGGGGCCACCAAUGAUGGGGCCACCAACAGUCAAUUUCAAACGUACUUCUGCUACUGUGUUUGAAAGUGUUUCUCGUGCCCAGACAUUAAGUGCGUCUUCGGGUGCUGCCUUUUUGGCUCCUCCAACAUCUGGUCCAUCCACACCAAAUCCAACACCACCCAACUCUGCCCACAAUACCCUUAGAAACACUAGAUCACUUCGUAAGAGUGUCAAAGAUGAAGAAGAGGGUAUGGCACUCAACGAAAAGAUGAGAGAUAGUAGACACCAAAACAGUAUGUCCAAACAAACCUCCAAACGAGAUCUCACCAUCUACCUGUCACGUCAAAAGUCAGAGAUUGAUAUUCGUAGCGAACAAGAAAAACGUGAUCAAGUAGACAAGGAAAAAAAGAGAAUAGAAGCUAUUAAAGAAGUAUUAACUUCUGAAUCAACUUAUCUUAAUCAUUUAAAUACUAUUGUUGAUAAUUAUUUAAUUCCAUUACGUAAAGAAUGUAGUGCACCUGAAGAAGUUAAAUUUAUAGUAUCAAUCUUUUCAAAUAUUGAAUCUAUUCGUGAAACCAAUAGAGAAAUUCAUAAUUUAUUUAAUCUAAGAAUUGGAAUCAACCCAAUCACCAAAGAUACAUCAACAUCUGAUUUAUUCUUUCAAAUUUUGCCAUCACUAAAUAUUUAUACACAAUACUAUGUUAAUUGGUAUAGAUCAUUACACUACUUGGAUCUUUGGUUGGUUAAAUGUAAAAAGUUUCAAAAGUUUAUAGAAGAAAGAUCAAUUACAACACUAAACCUUAAAUCACUUUUAAUUAUGCCUUGUCAAAGAAUUCCAAGAUAUACAUUAUUGAUUGAUGCUAUUCUUAGAUUUACUAGUCCAACACAUCCAGAUUAUAUUCCAAUGCAAAAAGCAAUGACAGAGAUGAAACUGCAAACUGAAAAGAUUAAUGAGAGUAUUAGAGACUCUGAAAAAUUACAAUUGGUCACAAAUAUUAGAAUGAGAUUUGAAUCUGAUUCUAUUGGUUUUUUGGAUCAAGUACAUCGUAGAUUAGUAAAAGAGUCAGGAGAAUUCCAAUUAUUACCAUGUAAAAAUAUCAAUCAAAUCAAUGACCAUUACAAUAACCAACAGGAUGAAGAUGCUUCAACUGAUGAAGAGGAAUCUUAUGGAAAGAAAAACAAGAAACAAAUUAAAUUAAUACCAAGCAAGUGUCAUCUAUACCUUUUCAACGAUCUCUUUGUUAUCGGUGUUCCAUCUACCCAAAACAACUCUGGUAAAAUGAGUACACUACUCAAAGGAUCACUUGCUACAACUGUAUUUAAAGAAUAUCCUACUUUCCCACAUAAAUUUAGUGUACAUCAUAAUAAUGGUAGUUAUAUAUUGAGUGGACCGACCAAAGAGGAUGUUAGGGAUAUGUUGAGAGCAUGUGAUGAUGCGACAACGGCUCUUUUAGAGAGUGAGCCAGAGUUGAGAGAAAAGAGAGCCAAUAUAACAUUGGUUGGCAGCGAUACCGAUGGAUGGAGUGUAUUUGACCCAAGUGAACAACACAACAACAAAUAUCCAAUUGCACAGAAAUCAUUGGAAGAAAUCAACAAGGUCAAAUCACAAAUAUUUACACCAAAGAAAAGAAAGAGUAUGAUUGGAAAGUUAAAGGAACGUACCAAAUCUCUACUUGGAUCAGCAUCUCAAAGUAAUAGUGCAGUUAGAAGAACUUCCUCUUUUGUAUUAAAUUCAUUUGAUGAAUUACCUGUUUUAAAUUUCAAUUCUGUAGCAAACAACAAUAACAAUAAUAAUAACUAA